AUGGCAGAGUUUCUAUCAUUGGGACCAAACAUUCAAUGUAACUUGAAAUUUAGUAAAGAUGGUAAGAAAUAUUUCUUUGGAAAUGCACAUGUUGUUGGUGUUGUUAAUGUUGAAAGUAGUUGUAUUACAAGUAUUAUUGAUUUUAAACAAACAGUACGUUCAAUAGAAGUUAUUAAUGAUACAACCAUUGCUGUUGGAACAGAAAGAGGAAUAGUUGAAUUAUAUGACUUAGAACAAGAUAAAAAAACAAGAGUUAUUUCUAUAGGAGAAUAUCCUAUCAUUAACAUAAAGAAUUAUGAAAAUUAUUUACUUAUAUCAUCACCACUAAGAGUGUUAUUAAUUACUCUUGAAGGUAAAAUCAUUGAAGAUAUCUCAAGUAAGAUUCUUAUUGAAACAGCAACUCUUCUUGGUAAUCAAAAAAAUGAACUUCCCUCAAUUGCUUAUGCUCUUACUGAUGCUGCUGGUACUUUAGUUAUUAAACAAGGAACAAAUGAAAAAAGAAUUCCAGGAAAUAAAACAUGGGUAACUUCAUUAUGUCAAAGUGAUGAUUUAACACGAGUAUUUGUAGGAACUGAUUCAGGUAAAGUUUAUGUUCAUCAAUACCCAUCAUUAGAAGUUGAAUCUGUUGUUUCUGUUAGUGAUUUAAGAAUUAGUGGUAUAUCAUGCCAUGGAAAUACUACAUUUAUUGCUUCUUCAAUUGAUUGUUCGAUUCAAUUCUUCCAAUUAAGUGAUUUAUGGUUAUCAACAGUGCGACUUGGUGGAGUUGGAGAUGAAAGGUAUAUUCGUUUUUCUUUUAAUGAAAAGAACAGAAUUCUUAUUGCAUUAACUAAUAUGUGUCAUCUUCAUGGAUGGAAAUUAGAUAGUUCUUAUACUAUUCCAACUCAAAUUGUUCUUCCAACUGGACAUUCUCAAGCAGUUUCUUCUGUUGAACUUUAUCCAUUACCAACAAUACCAUCUAAUCUUGCCAUUAUAUCUUCUUCACUUGACUAUACUAUAAGACUUUUUGUUAAGAAUGUUAAUCCAGAUAACAAAACACAAGAACGUUGGGUAGAAAUUGCAAGACCAUUAGUGCAUGGAUAUCCUUUAUCACAAGCUGUAUUAAUUAAUAAUCCUAUUCGUGUUCUGACUAGUAGUAUUGAAGAAAAGCCAGUCAGAAUAUUGGAGGCAUCAAAGUAUUUUAUUGAGUCAUUAAGAUAUAUCACAAGAUCAACCCUUUCUGAAAAAGAUAUGAUUUAUUAUGAGAAAUCACCAAUUGGAGCCAAUCACCAACCACUUUCAUUAACAAAUUGUCCACUAAGAGAACAUACUGGAAGUAGUAGACAGUCUCAAGUUCAAUCACCUACAAAAUUACAAUUUGAUAUAAAAACAUUAGUCAUUCCUGAUAGUGAUGAACUACCUGUAGAAGAUGACAUUACUGUUGCUAGUGUUCCUAAAGUCUAUAUGACUGCACCUCCUGAAGAAGAACUACAUUAUCAUACACUUUGGCCUGAAACAAAUAAAUUACUUGACCAACAAAGUGAAGUAACACACAUUGCUGUAAGUAAAGAUGAACAACAUAUUGUUACUGGUGGAUUAUAUCUUAAACCAAGUAAAUUUACUAGCCAACCAGUACCAGCUAAGACUUUAUAUUUAUGGGAAAAAAGUGGAGAGACAUACAAAGUAGUUGAUUCCUUUUUACCAUUUGGUGAAGAAGAUGAAAUUCAAUGUUUAGUAUUUGAAGAAGGAAUUUUUGCUGUAGGU